GUUAAAAACUUUUUCACUCUCACACUCAAAACCCUAAUCCUUCUUAUUUCUACGCCUUUCAUAAACUAAGGUUCUCAUUACUCUAUCACUUUCCCAGAAAAAAAAUCAACCAAUUUUCCUGCGAAAUUUCUUCUCCGAUUUUCUCUGAACUACGCAUCACGAAUUAACUAUGGCGGAUGAUGGCGUUUCGAACGGCGUCGAGGAUCAGCACGAGGAGCGAUCUGUGACGAAGAUCUCUGUGUUGGAGCGUGAGAGAGAUGAAUUGGUGAGUGAGAACAAUGAGAAGAAGGAGCAAAUCAAGAAGUUGACAGUGGAGAUUGAUGAAUUGAGGAGCAAGGGUGAGGAGAUGAGGGAGAAGAUUGAUGAGUUGCAGGCUGAAGUGGAGAGAUCGCAGGAUGCUGCGAAGGCUACGGAGGCUAUUGCGGCUAGGGCGGUGGAGCUUGAGACUCAAGUGGCGAGGCUUCAGCAUGAUAUGGUAUCGGAUUUGAGUGCUGGGGAAGAGUUGAAGCAGGAAUGUGAUGAAUUGAAGGCGGUUUUGAAAGAGAAGGAGUCUAGGGUUGAAGAUUUGGUGAAGGAAGUGGAGGGGUUGAAGAAGGUGAAAGCGGAGAGUGAGGCGAGGUUGAGGGAUUUAGAGAAGAGAAUUGGUGUUCUUGAGAUGAAGGAAAUCGAGGAGAGGAAUAAGAGGAUUAGAGUUGAAGAGGAGUUGAGGGAUACCAUUGGUGAGAAGGAUAGGGAAAUUGAGGGUUUUAGAAACAAGGUUGAGGAAUUGGAGAAGGUUGCUGGUGAGAAGAAACACGAGUCAGGGGACUGGUCUGAGGAGAAACUGAGUUUGGAGAAGGCCCUUAAAGAUUCUGAGGAGAAAGCAAAGGGUUUAGAAUUGAAUAUUGUUCGAUUGCGCGAGGAAGCAGUGGAAACUGAGAAGAAGAUCAAAGCACUGAAUGAAAAAGCUGUUGAGAUAGUUGAUAGGGAUUUGAAUGGGCUACAGCGUGAGAGGAAUGAAGUUAAGUUGCAGUGGCCGAUUGUAGCAGCGGGAGCGGGAUCUACAGUGGCUGUUUUGGGGGCAGCAGCUUUGAUCUUUGUUUACUACUCAAAACGGAGGUGAUUUUUCUCUGAUAUGAGUAAUAUGAGGAAGGAGAAUUUGAAUGGGGAUGUUGUAGAGGUUAGAUUUACAAGUCUUUUACUCAGAAAUAUGCUUCAAUUUUGUUCGUCAUAAAAUAAUGAUGCUUCUAUGGCUUUUGUUUUUGAAGCCUGUUAAUUUUAUUUAUGUCAAAGUUGGCAUACUGCUUUGGUUGUAGUUGCUUGUUUUAUGAGGAUUAAAACCGAUGUGUGUUGGAGCAAUGCUCUUAUCUUAUUAACUGCAGUUACUAGGUUUUUGGUGUACUACUGAUUACAAGUCUAUUGUGUUAUAGUUGAGUUGGAAGUUUGGAUUCAAUAAAGAGUAAGAUAGAAUUUUAAAAUUGAAA